AUGCGCCGAGAGAUCUCGAAACGCGCGAGCGCGUGCGUGAGAAAUUAUGCCGCCGGCGCGGGAAAGCCCAAGGCGAGCGGAGAAACCACCGACGUCGUCAAGCGCGUCUUCAUCGAGCAGCAGACCAAAUUUCGCGCGCUGCUCACGAAGACGAAGGACUUGAAGCCGCCCGUGGGAGGAGACGCGGCGGCGGUCAAGGCGUACGCGGCGAAGAAAUUGGCGGCGUUAAAAGAGUUGGACAUCUCAACGCCGGGAGAAAAAAUUCUCGAAACCGUCGACGGCGCGUUCGCCGAAGCGGCGAGCGUGCGCGGGUUCUUGGAGUACGCGGGCGAGCUGCGACAAAUGCUCGGUUUGAAAGAUGAAGACGACACGAUGAAGGUCAUGGUGAGCGCUUUGGACGAAACUGAAAAGGCGCUCGGGAAGGCGUUACUGACGAGCGACGCGCAAGGCAUGGCGAAGUACAGUAGCGCUGUGGCCAAGGCGUCGGAAGCCGCCGGUAUUAAGCCUUUGGACGCCGCGGCGAUGGCGAAGCUCCAAGGCGAGGUGGACUUGGAAUCUAUCGAAAACGAAAUUCUCGAGUUGCAAUCGGUCGAAGACGAAGUGAAGAAGGAGGAGGCGUAA